UUGUGAACCACAUCUAAUUAUUAUAUAGUGAUAUACUCAUAUUACUAGCACUAAUUAAACAAGCAAUUCAACAGCCAUGAAAUAUUCUGUUCUAGCUAUAGUUCUAAUGCUCUCGUUUACAGCAUCUACCAAUCUCCCUUCCCCCUACGAAACCUACACUCUCAUUAAUGCUACCGGGAACUUAGCAAAGCCAGGUUGCGAAAGCAGAUGUGGUGACUUAAUCGUUCCCUACCCUUUCGGUAUUGGCCUAAACUCAAACUGUUCUAUAGGCCAUGGUUUUGACAUUCACUGCAACACUUCUUUAGACCCUCCAAGAGCCUCUUUGACAGAAUCAGAUUAUGUCUCCAUAAGACUGAUAUCUGAUUCUACACUGCGGACAUCCAAUUUGGUGGCUAGCACAUGCUAUAAUCAUAAAAAUUCAACUGAUUCAUAUGGUAUCUUGGCAAAGUUUGCAAGUUGUCCCUACACCUUUUCGCAAGCUAAUAAGUUCACGGUCAUUGGUUGCUACGAUUAUGCUUGGCUGAACUCAGGAACAGAGUCUAGAAACGUGUCAACAGGUUGUAUGGCGUUUUGCACAGAACCGGACGAUGCUUUAAGUAAGGAGUGUCCGGGAAAUGGUUGUUGUCAGUCUCCAAUACCCAAAGACAUGAGUUACUACGAAACCCAGAUUGAUUCCUUGCAAGGCCCGGAUGAGAUGAAUUCUUCCAAACGUUGUGCAUAUGCAUUUGUCGGUGACGAGAAAGAAUUCAAGUUCAAUGAUGAAAGGGAUUUAAAAAACCAUGAUUCCUUUGUCAGUAGGAUUGAAGCUACCGUGCCAGUAGUUCUAGAUUGGGCUAUUGGUAAUGUGAGUUGUGUAGAAGCCGAAAGAUCAUAUGAUUACGCCUGCCGGUCUAAUAGCAAAUGUGUUAACUCUACAAGGAAAUCCGGUGGUUACCUCUGUUUAUGUAAAGAAGGCUAUAGAGGAAAUCCUUACCUGUUGCCUGGCUGCCAAGAUAUCAAUGAGUGUAAAGAGCCGGAAAUAUAUCCAUGUCAUGGAAUUUGUGCUAAUACUGACGGGAACUACACGUGCAAAUGUAAGAAGGGGUAUUCUGGUGACGCCAAAACUAGAUAUGGUUGUCACAAUAAACCAUUCCAAACUCUCAUAGUCACUUUAGGUACGGCGUUAGUAUUGCUCACAAUAUUGAUUGCAUUAGUAGUGUCGUACCUCAUAGCCAAGAAGAGAAAGUUAAUGAAACAGAGAGAAAAGUUUUUUGAGCAAAAUGGAGGCACACUAUUAAAAGAGAAACUAAAAACCAAGGGUGGCGUGGUUGUGGGUUCCAUGACCAUAUUUUGUGUUGAAGAUUUAGAAAAAGCGACUAAUAAUUUUGCCGAAAGUAAGAUUCUUGGCAGAGGAGGUAAUGGUACUGUGUACAAGGGAACUCUACCAGACAAGCGUGUUGUGGCAAUCAAGAAGUCCCAAGGCUUUGAUCAAGAACAACGGGAGCAAUUCAUAAACGAAAUGGUGAUUCUUACACAGAUUAAUCACCAAAAUGUGGUGCAGCUUUUGGGAUGUUGUUUGGAAACUGAUGUCCCAUUACUAGUUUAUGAAUUUGUCUCUAAUGACACUCUUUAUUAUCACAUACAUGAAAAAAAUGGUGGUUUGGGGAGAUUGUCAUGGGAUCAUCGUCUAAGGAUAGCACAUGAAUCAGCUAGUGCACUAGCUUAUCUUCAUACCGAUACUAGAAUGGCGAUCAUACAUAGAGAUGUGAAGUCUACUAAUAUACUAUUGGAUGGAAAUUACACAGCCAAAAUUGCAGAUUUUGGUGCCUCAAGGUUAGUCCCUUUGGGUCAUGAUCAAGUCACUACUCUAGUUCAAGGGACAUUUGGAUACUUGGAUCCUGAAUAUUUUCAUUCGGGUCAUUUAACAGAUAAGAGUGAUGUUUACAGUUUUGGGGUAGUUCUUGCAGAACUCUUAACAGGAAAAAAACCUCUGUGUGUGGAAAGAUUUUUAGAGGAUAGAAAUCUUGCAACGCAUUUUGUGAAGGCGAGGAAGGAAAAUCGGCUGGCUGAGAUUGUUGAUCUUCAAGUGAUAAAAGAGGCAACUGUUGAGCAGCUAAAAGCAGCAUGUGAUUUGGCAUGUAGAUGCCUUAGACAAGUAGGAGCAAACAGACCUAGCAUGAAAGAAGUGACUUUGAAGCUUGACACUUUGAGAAAGCUUGGCAAUCAUCCUUUCGUAAGUGAAGAGAACCACGACGAUACGAGUAGUUUAUUGAUGGAAAUGGAAUCAACGACUACGUAUACUUUUCCUACCAUGGGUAACACAGAUAGUGAUGCUUUUGGAGGCAAAUCCAAGCCACACCACCGGGAUGCCCCACAUAGUGCUCCAGUUAUAAAGAACUGACUAAGAUUACGAACCGAAUUCUGCAUGAAAGUUUACAUAUUAUAAUUGGGUUAUCAAACCAUUUGUAUCAUUGCUUGUCUGUGUAUAAUUAUAUGUUUUCAAGUGUAAGAUUUCUAUUUUUCUUGUGACUUUGUACUUGCAUAUUAUGUUCAAUGCAUUAUGUUUUUUGAAA